UGUUUUCUUUUGAUAACAAAAUAUCAACAAAUUUCAAUUUUUUCUAAAAAAUUUAAAUUUUCGUUGUAAAUGUUUCAUAGAAGAAAAAUAUAAGAAGAAUUUACUCGUUACAGUGACCCAGUAAUGUUCUUCCUUUCAACAUCUGUCAUCGUAGAUAGUUUAUUCAACCGUAUUUGUAAGUUACUCUACGUUGAAACUUUCAAAGACUAAUCUAAAUGACAGUUGCAGCGAGCAGAAGACCAUGGAGAAAAAACCUAUACGAGAAUAAAGACUAUCCAGAUAACUACACCGACGAGUCAUUCCUCGACGAACUGAAGAAAAACCUUCACAUACGAACGGUAACAUUUAAAGAAGCCUGCUUCGGUGCCGGACUUCUCACUCAGCAGAUAUGUGUAGUUGUCAUCUUCGCUUGCACAUUCGUAUACCUUUACAACGAAUGGAUAGAUCCGGUGAAUUUAAUCAUCUACACAGAUGCUACAGUACUAUUAGCAUAUUGCCUGUUAUUCCAUGGCCAAUAUGAUUUCAUGAAUUUAUGUAGAACGUCUUGCAUUUACACCAUAUGCAGCUAUAUGCUAUCACCAUUGCUGAAAACAUUGACCGAAACAAUCGAUACAGAUACAAUUUACUCUACUACCGUAAUAAUGAUGCUAAUCCAUUUAAUAUUUUUCGAUUACGGUGUACCGGCUUUAAUCGUAUCCAGUUCUUUAUCAUUAAAUGCGGCGAUAUUCGGAGCUGUUUGUUUAGCAUCGAGACUUCCACUGUGUGUUUCUGUUACUGCAUUUGUUCACGUUACCGUUCAGUGUUUCGCAUUGGCUCCAUUAUUUUUAACCAAAGUUGGAUUUUCUUUUUAUAACCUUGUAUUAGAAAUUAGCGUUACUGCCUCUAUUUUAUACUCCAUUUCCGGCGUGAUGACUAUAUUCUAUUUCCUAGUAGUAUUUUUCAUAAAUGUUAUUUGCCCUUAUUUAUUUAUCAAAUGGUAUUCGUACAAAGAGAACAUAUACGGUCCUUGGGACGAAGCUAUUAUUAACGUUUCGGGCAGUCCGAGUUUCAAACAGAAACUACAAUGUUUUAAUUCUUAAUUUAUAUUCUGGUCUGUGAUAUUUACAUGUUGUUUAGAAUUAAGUAUUACAUGCUUUUUCAAGUA